GACUUCAAGAAUGAGUAAAAAAUUACUCGUUUCCCCAUUCUCUCUCUCUAAAUAAAAUCACGAAUCUCUCUCUCAGUGAAUGCUUCCAGGCCUUCUCUUUCUAGAUCACAACCUGGAAAAAGGCAGACCAAAAGCUGUUAUUGAACAUCAAAUUCGCUUUUUCCACAUUGUUUUCUUUUUGAAAAUCUCUGGUUACGCAUUUUCCAUUUAGAUCCAUUGCGGAUGUAUCAUAAAAUCAAGGGAUUCAUUUCUAUGAUUCUAUCUAUACCCGCUAAAUUUAGGGUUUUUGUUUUUUCUAUGGAUGUGAGAUCUCUAUAAUAUUCAAUGGAUAUGGAGGACAACUUGAGCGCUGGAAGGUCUCUCAGGUGAUUGAGAGAAUGAGCUCGAAUCCCCUGUAGAAUUAAGGCGUGUGUUCAUCUGUGAAUUGUUCAUGGUUUUGGUGGAGAAUUUGGGCGGGAGAUGAGCUAUGGAUGUGGAGAAGGCUUCUCUCUGCAAUUGUGUGGUUAACUUUCUUUUGCAGGAGAACUAUUUGCUCUCUGCAUUUGAGCUCUUGCAUGAGCUCGUUGAGGAUGGUCGCCACGACCUUGCUAUCAGGCUCAAGGAGUUCUUCUCAGACACAUCACUAUUUCCUCCUGAUCAAAUUUCUCGGCUCAGUGCCCUGCGAGUUGCAGAUCCCCAAAGCUUGCUUGAAGAGAAGGAAACCUUAGAAGAAAAAUUAGCAAUUAGUGAAUAUGAGCUUCGAUUAGCACAAGAGGAUGUAUUGAAAUUGAGGGCUGACUUGCAAAAGAGCAUAGAGUACUCUACCGAUGACUUAGAUGAUUCUCAUGAAGCCAGCAUUAUAUCUGAAGCUUCAUCCUGUCAUCAGAGAAAGAAGAUUUUGUCCUUUUCAGGUCUUGGACCUCUGAAGGAUGGUGAACGGAGAGAUCUUAAUUGUGCUAUUAAAGAAUAUUUGCUUUCUGCUGGAUACAGGCUGACAGCCAUGACAUUCUAUGAAGAGGUCAAGGACCAAAACUUGGAUGUUUGGCAGAACACAGCAGCGUCUGUACCUGAUGCACUGCGUCAUUAUUAUUAUCAAUAUCUUUCUUCAACUUCAGAAGCAGCAGAGGCUUGGAGUUCGUGCUAUUUCAUAUUUUCUUUCAUGGUAUCAGAGCAAGGUUUACAGAUCUUCUCAACAUACUCAUCUUCAAUUAAGGAGAAAAUGUCAAUUCUUCAAGAAAAGGAUGCACUACAAGAAGCAAAUGAAAAGCUACAUAAAGAGAGAGAAUCCUUACUUGAACAUAAGGAAACUGCUGAUAGUCAACUGGCUGCGUUAGGCAAGUCUCUAGAGUGUCUUCAGAAAGAUAUCAAAGAUAGAGAAAUUUUGAUUCAAGAUCUCAAACAGUCAUUAGAACUCAAGAGAAAAGAACUCAAUGACUCUAGAGCUGAAAUCACUUCUUUGAAAAUGCAUAUUGAAGGAUCUCAAGCUAGUAGAAGAUGGGUCGGCAGAGGAGAUGACCAAUUACAAACAUCCUAUGUUGAUGACUACAAGGCAGAAAUCGAACGUUUACAAAUGGAGUUGGAUAUAUUAAGGGGCAAAAGGUCAAAUAGGCAAAGUUCUUUGGAGUUCCCUGAUCAGCUAAAUGAGGAUGACCACUUAGAGGAAAGAGUAGUCGAAAUUCUUGAGGACAAAACAAUGAUGUCUCAUUCAGAAAAUCCGAUAUCAGAUGUAGUAGAGGCAGAAGUUGCUGAAUGUUACAGCUCUUUCAAUAAUAAAUGUGAUGAAUCUAGUGCAGGUGUGGAUGAGCCUCCAGUAAGUUCUUUUGGUCAUGGUACUGUCAACAACAAUGGGACCAUAUUCAAAGAUGACCCUGGAGCUCCUUCUGGAGACUGUGCUACACUUGUUAAACUGGGGAAUGACAAUGUCGAAACUGCUUCAGAGAGGGUGGGUUCAGAAACUAUCCAAAUCCUUGCAGAUGCAUUACCUAAGAUUGUGCCUUAUGUGCUUAUCAAUCAUCGUGAGGAGCUUCUACCUCUUAUAAUGUGUGCCAUCGAGCGCCACCCAGCUAGUGGUACACGGGAUUCUUUAACACAUACAUUAUUUAAUUUAAUUAAACGACCAGAUGAACAGCAGAGAAAGAUCAUAAUGGAUGCAUGUGUGAACCUAGCUAAGAAUAUUGGGGAAAUGAGGACGGAGUCAGAAUUGCUUCCGCAGUGUUGGGAACAGAUUAAUCACAUGUAUGAGGAACGUCGAUUGCUUGUUGCCCAAUCAUGUGGCGAGCUAGCUGAAUUUGUGAGGCCCGAGAUCCGUGCUUCGCUUAUUCUGUCCAUCGUACAGCAGCUGGUUGAGGACUCGGCAACUGUUGUUCGAGAAGCUGCUGCUCGUAACCUGGCAUUGCUGCUUCCUCUCUUCCCAAAUAUGGACAAAUAUUUCAAGGUUGAGGAGUUGAUGUUCCAGCUAGUUUGUGACCCCUCCGGUGUAGUGGUUGAAGCAUCCUUGAAAUAUCUCGUUCCUGCUGUAAUAAGUUGGGGGAAAAAACUGGACCAUGUACUGCGAGUUUUACUAUCCCACAUACUAGCUUCUGCACAGCAAUGCCCACCUCUUUCAGGGGUUGAAGGUUCUGUAGAUUCACAUCUGCGAGUUUUAGGGGAGCGAGAGCGCUGGAAUGUGGAUGUUUUACUACGUAUGCUGACAGAUUUGCUCCCAUUUGUGCAUGACCACGCAAUUGAGACCUGUCCAUUUCCUUCAGAUGAUACUGAGUCUUUAUCAAGCCCAGAAACAAAAAUUUCAUUUUCACACUCCAUGCUUGAAAAAUACACUGGGGGACAUACUGAGUGGCCUGCAUUUGAUUGGCUACACACUGAAUGCUUGCCCACUUUGAUUCAACUUGCCUGCCUAUUGCCAUCUAAGGAAGACAACCUUAGAAAUCGCAUUGCCAAGUUUCUGUUGGCCGUACGUGAACAUUUUGGGGAUGAUUUUCUGAUUCACAUCAUGCUACCUGUGUUUUUAACUGCAGUUGGGGAUAGUUGUGAUUUGACAUAUUUCUCAUCUUCUGUUCAGUCAAGAAUUAAGGGUUUGAAACCAAAAACUGCUGUGGCCGAGAAACUUUCUGUUAUGUGUGUCCUUCCUCUUCUUUUGGCCGGCAUAUUUGGUGUUCCUAGUAGGCAUGAACAGCUUGCUGAAUACUUGAGGAAGUUGUUGAUCCAAAGCUCACUGAGGGAUAAUUCUAGUGAACUGCAUCAUACUCCCGAGCUCAUUGAUGCAGUCCGGUUCCUUUGUACUUUCGGGGAGCAUCAGUCAAUUGUAUUCAAUAUACUAUGGGAAAUGGUUGUCAGCUUCAAUGUGACCAUGAAGACCAGUGCUGCCAACCUGUUUAAAGUUCUUAUACCAUACGUUGAUGAGAAAGCUGCUUCCACUCAUGUGCUGCCCGCUUUAGUUACCCUUGGCUCUGACCCUAACCUGAAUGUGAAGUACUCCAGUAUCUAUGCUUUUGGAUCUGUAGCCCAGCAUUUCAAGAAUGAUAUGAUUGUUGAUAAAAUUCGUGUCCAGAUGGAUGCUUUUCUUGAAGAUGGAUCCCAUGAAGCUACUCUUGCUGUCAUUCGUGCCCUUAUAGUAGCAGUACCAAACACAACCAACAGACUUCGAGAUUAUCUGUUGUCUAAGAUUUUCCAACUCACUGCCAUGCCAACUCAUGGUAAUGACUUGAUGCGUCGUCGUGAAAAGGCCAAUGCAUUCUGUGAAUCCAUUCGUGCAUUAGAUGCUGCAGACCUCCCAGCAACCAGUGUGAAAGAGUACCUCUUACCAGCCAUUCAGAACUUGUUGAAGGACCCAGAUGCGCUCGACCCUGCACACAAAGAAGCACUUGAGAAUAUACUCAAAGAAAGGUCUGGGGGAACAUUAGAUACCAUUAGUAAGGUCAUGGGUGCUCACCUUGGUAUCACAUCAGUGAGCAGCUUGUUUGGAGAGAGUGGCCUAUUGGGAAGGAGAGAAACAACGGAGAGUGGCCUGUUGGGGAAGAGAGAGACAGGCGAGAGCGGUCUUGAAGGGCAGAGAGAGAAUGGUGAGCUGCCUGAUCCCCUUGCUUCCACUCAGUCUCCAGCAGAGGAUACAAGAUUUAGAAGGAUUAUGAGGGGAAAUUUCAGUGAUAUGAUAAGAGGGAAAGCAAAGGGAAAUGAGGAGAGCCCUCGAAAGCAAUAGUCUUUAUAUAAAAAAAAUUUCUCUGUUCACUUCAGGGAUGUGUGAACUGCUUACAAGAUUUUCGGACUUCUUGGUAUUUGGCCAGCAAUUUCUAGGGCAUCUCUCACGCUGUCCAAAAUUACAAUCCUUCGACAAAGGGGUAUUGAAGUUACUGAUUUCGUGUGUAGACAACUUUUUUAUUGCCCUUUCUUCUUCUUCUUUUUCUUCCUACUUAUGAGAUUUUGACUUUUCUUGUGAGAUGUAGUGAAUAAAUAUUUUAAAGGUGGUAAUGGGCCAGUGGCCUGGCCCGGCCCAGCCCCGUCCAAAAAAACUAAGGCCUAGGCCACAAAAUGUGGCCCGAGGAUUGGGCCACUAGGCCUUGAGGGCCUGUCUAGCCUGGGCCAUGGCAGGGAUGGCCAGGCCCCACCCUCUUUUUUCUUUUUUCUUGAUCUAUUCUUGUUUUUUAUAGCCCAGCCUACAUGGAGCUUGGGCCAAGGCCUCUUUGGCCUGGUCAAGGCCAACCCAUUAGAAACGUGGCCCGGGCAAGGGCCAAAGCAGGCCCUGCUCAGCUGCGGCCCUUUAGAGACCAAAGCUAGGUUAGGGCCACGGCAGGCCCAGCCCCAUUACCACCCCUGACAGAUUCCUCCUCCUUCAUGAUUGUGCUCCGUAAUGAUCAUUCACGUGUUUCUGGCUCUCCCUUAAACCACUAUUUUCCAU